AUGUUUACAGGUCCAUGUUGCGCUGGCGUUGUGGGGCUUAAGAUGCCCAGGUAUUGCUUGUUUGGGGACACCGUGAAUACAGCCAGCAGGUUGGAGUCCACGGGAGAAGCACUAAAAAUCCACUGCAGUUCUGACUGUAAGAGAAUCUUGGACAAGCUGGGCGGCUACACACUGCUGGAGCGUGGAUACACGGAGAUGAAGAGUCAACGACAGUGGAGAGUAAACAAGAGUGGAGUCAACGACAGUAGAGAGUAA